AUGGGUCGUCCGGAUAUCCUGGGACGCAAUGAUGCCGCUCGUGCAGUUGCCGCUGCGAGAACCCUCUCCUCGGGUUCGCUUCAUGCUGGCGAACCCAUGCCGACCCUGCGGAACAUCGAGGCCGGUCGUCGCGCCAUGACAUUACGCCGCCAGUCGACACAUCGAUACCAUACCUUCCCGACGCCUCCACCCAAGACCCCAAUGGAACAAUCGCACCACCAGCUGGGCGCACCCUCCGACGCGAGCUCAGAUGUUUCCGAAGAUGAUCACGAGGAGACCCCGCUGCCCGUUCGGCAACUUGCCCUCCUCGCCUUGCUUUCGCUGACAGAGCAAACCGCCCUCAACUCGAUAUCACCCUAUCUGCCUCAGAUGGUCGAGUCAUUUCCCGACAUCCCCGAGACGCAAACAGGCCUGUACGUCGGCAUCUUGGCCUCGUCGUUCGCGCUGGCCCAGCUGUCAACCAACCUGUUGUGGGGAUACCUGUCGGACGUUGUGGGGAGAAAACCCACCAUGGUGCUCGGCACCUUCAUGUUGAUGGGCUGCUUCGUGGCCUUCGGCUUCUGCAAGGCAUACUGGCAGAUCAUCGUCGUCCAUGUGGCCAUGGGCAUGCUCAACGGCAAUGCUGCCGUCGUGCCAACCGUGCUGGGCGAGGUCACGGAUCGCUCAAAUCAGAGCAGGGCCUUUACCUGGCUCCCCGUCAUCUAUUCGCUCGGAGGCAUCACUGGCCCUGCAUUCGGAGGCCUUCUCGUCGGCAAGCUCACGCCAACCUAUCCCUACCUGGCUCCGAACCUGAUCAGCGCUGGUCUUCUUUUGUUCAGUGUCGUUGUCGUUGGCAUCUGGUUCGAGGAGACGUUGGAGAGCGCCCAUGACGACGCCCACGAGGCUUGGAUCCCAGAGUGGCUACGGAAUGCCUGGUCCAAGAUAUGGGGCUCGGCCGAGCCGCGACGCAACUCGUGGAGCUCGCGUUGGCCUCGCCAAGGAUCGCGCGCUGUCGUGGAGCACGACGAUGAGGACGAUGAAGAGGACGACGAAGGGCACGCCGGAGAGGGCCAAGGCCUUUUGCAUCAUUCCUCUGAUCUAGAUGGCACGGAUGAGGAUACCAAGCACGGAGACGAGCACACGUCAUGGCGCCAGAUUCUAAGCCGCAACACCAUCCUUGUUCUUCUGACGUAUCUUGUUUUCCAGCUCUCGAACAUCUCAUUCAAUGGUUUGUAUCCUAUUUUCGCCAACGCCGAUACCCCCGCCGGUCGCGAUCUGUCGCCCAGCACCAUCGGUGUCUGUCUGAGUGCGGCGGGUGUCGCUACUAUCAUCUUCCAGGCCUUCAUCUUUCAGCAUCUCAAGGCGCAACUUGGCAAUUUGGGGAGCUACCGCGUUGCUCUAUUGGGACUCGCCGUCAGCAUGCUUCUCAUGCCCUGGAUUGGCUACAAGGAUGACAAGCCACUCUUCGGAAUUGGAACCGGUCAAGCAUGGCUCUAUGCUGAACUGAUUGCCGUUCUCGUUUUCAAAAACAUCUGCGCUGUUGGCGGUCUAUCGAGCGUCAUGCUUUUAAUUACUAAUUGUGCACCGACACACGGCACUCUCGGCACUCUCAAUGGCAUCGCUCAAUCUCUGUCCGCUGCUGGCCGCAGUAUUGGUCCCUUUGUUUCAGGUGGCCUCUUCACGAUCGCCAUCGACGUUCGUCCCAAGGGCGAGGCUCUUGCUUGGGGAGUCUUCGGCGGCAUCGCCUUCCUCGGCUGGCUUGGCACUAUGGGCAUCCGAAAUCGCGGUCUCGAAAGCGACGACUGGUUGGGCACUGAGGACCACUCUGAAGACGACGAGGCUGAGCCGUAA